CCUGUAAGGCCAUCCAUUGAUAGCCAUGAUUGUCCACCGCCUUUUCCUUCCCCCCACUUGGCCUUUAGUAGUUCAAUUGGCCUUCCACUCCAAAACAUCCCAAAACAAUUCUCUCCCCCAGCAAUUCCUGGCCUCAUUUUAAUCUCGCAAUUUACCUCUGGACACAUUCUCCCAUCCGCUAUCCAAAUACCCCACCAGAGCCACCAAAACAACCAAAUCAACAACACCAUCACCACCACUAUCACCACCACCACCAUGCCUGAACACGAAGACGAUCUCACUGCCACCAAGACCGAGGGCUUCAAGGUCGGCGAGAAGAAGACCAUCAACGAAUAUGCUGAGCUUGAUAAGGAUGACGAGGCCUUGAACCGGUGGAAGGCCUCGCUCGGCCUCAACUCCGGCACCCCGAUUGGCGACCCCAGCGACCCCCGCAAGUGCAUCAUCAAGUCCCUGGCCCUGGAGGUCGAGGGCCGGUCCGACGUGGUGAUCGACCUGUCCGCCCCCGGCGCGCUGGAGGGGCUCAAGGACCAGCCGUUCAAGAUCAAGGAGGGCUCCACCUUCCACAUCAAGGUCGUCUUCCAGGUGCACCACGAGGUGCUCAGCGGCCUCAAGUACCUGCAGGUCGUCAAGCGCAAGGGUGUCCGGGUCAGCAAGGAUGAGGAGAUGCUGGGAAGCUACGCCCCCAACACCACCGACAAGCAGUUCUACGAGAAGAAGUUCGCCGCCGAAGAAGCCCCCUCGGGAAUGCUGUACCGUGGCCACUACAACGCCAUCUCCAAGUUCAUCGACGACGACGACCACACUCACCUCCAGUUCGAGUGGUCAUUUGACAUCGCCAAGGACUGGUAGAUCAUCUUCGUUCCUGUUUUCUUUCCCCUCCCCCCCCGUCUGUGUUCUCUUUUCCUAUGAAACCACGAUCAAAGAUCCACCCCAUCUUUUUUUUUGUCCCAUGGGGCCAGCAUAACUAUUUCUUGCCAGUAUU